UGCGUUUGAACAACCACCUGUGUAUUGGCUCAAACGAGACGACUUCAAAGCAAUUCAAUAGGAUCCUGAUGAUCUUGUCGUGUAAAUCUUUAUCACAAAAAUCUUCGAACCGCAUGAUUUUUGUAUCCUUUUAAUGCAUGUAAUUGUUCGUGUUUGUGCACCGUCUGAUCACACUAGCGCCGCAAUGUUUUGAGUAUCGUUUUUGCGAACCUUCUUGGGGACCCAAAUCCAAUUCGUCAUGGACACUACGAAAUCGUCAGUUGACUAUUCCACUCCUCUUACAUUUGGAUUCGAUGGACCUUCCGACAAUGAAGUGUCCACGAUGGUCGAUCAGUAUCUUGGGAACAAGGGCUCUUUUUCCUUGGAUGAUGAUUGGGCAGUCGUGGAUAAUGCUUUAUUCAUGAUUUCUAACCCCGAUUUCCAGAUGUCAAUGCCCGGCACGAUGACCGGUAGUAGCAUGGAGAAUAACUGUCACGGAAUGCAACAGCAACAGCCGCCGUACAGUGGACCAGAUAGUGCAAACAUUCUCUCACAACUUCCGGUGGACACACAACAACGCAGCGCUAGCCAGCAACCGAUAUCCAAUGCCAAUGGCUACGAUUAUGUUGAUCCUUCACAACAGUAUUAUACCGCUAACCCACAGAUGCAAUACAUGGAUCAUCAGCAUUUUCCCGUUGAACAUUUUCAAAUGUCAGCACAAAAUCCCAUGCAGAAUAUGAAUUAUUAUAACCCAUCGAAUAAUGUUCCUGAUCCGUUUACUCAUAACUCUCCCAUGUACUAUGUGGCUCAAAGUGUACAGAAUAUUCCUGGUCCAGAGCAGCAGCCGAGCGGCGGAAAUCAUUUGGUAUUUAAUUACGAAAAUUAUGCAUCAUUACCUGGCGCAGCAUCGGCACGUCCUAAUGUCGGCAACAAUAUGGCCCAUGUGCCACCGUCGCGCAAUCGUGCCAGUUCAUCGGGAGGAAAUUCUCCCAGUUCGCAGUCGCCAGUUAGUGAGGAGGAGUUCUCGGAACCAGCACCGAAACCCUUGUCAAGGCGUCAAUCCAAAGACACGGUAACUGCGAAAAAAUCAAAACCUUCGAAGCCCAGACGCCGGAAGCGAGAUCCCAAUGAACCCACAAAACCGGUAUCUGCGUACGCCUUAUUUUUCCGCGAUAAACAAGCAACAAUUAAAGGCUCCAAACCGGAUGCUAGUUUUGGCGAAGUAUCCAAGAUUGUUGCUAGCUUAUGGGACAGUUUGGACCCAGAAAAGAAAUCGAUGUACAAGAAGCGGACGGAAGAGGCAAAGAAGGAUUAUUUGCAGCAGUUAGCCAUUUAUCGAGCAUCUUUAAUAUCCUCCCCAUCAGAUACACCUUUAUAUAUUCAGACCAAUUAUCCAUCCCGAAGUUCGCCAAUUCAGCUAGCAUAUAUGGACUCUCGUCAAAUGUAUGGCAGCGGCAAUAAUUUAAAUACGCCUUACCAUGUAAAGUCACACCCAACACAGACAAAUGAAAAUCCUGAAUGGAAUCAACUACGACCUCUAAACAACGAGAAUGGUCAAAUUUAUGGGCGUGUGUCGGACACUGAACUGAUACACAAAAACGGCAACUAUAUUAGCCAGAUGGCAACAGUUUGGGAUCCUUCUAUCAUGGCGGAUGACAACGGCAUCGUAGCAAUGCACUGCAAGGAUGGCAUCUACCAGAAUGAUUGGGCUGGCCACCAGCAAUCACCUAACAAUAACCACACCAAGGUGGUAAUAUGAGGGUCGCUCAAUGAAUCACAAAAUGCGACAAAAUACCGGUUAUCAGAGUCAAAUACUUUCUUUGUACAAAACUAAUAUCUUUACUAGACGCAAAUAUAAAAUUGUACAGUGCAGUAAUAACUUUUGUGAGUACAAAAAUAUACAAAAUGUUCACGUUGAUUAAUUUCUAGUUUUUCGUUAUUUCACAAUCGUUUUGUUUUUUACGAUGGAUCCUUUGUUGCCGCGUCGUUGUUGUUUUUAUUCUUCUUUUUUCGUAUCCGUGGGAAUUUUUGCAUAUGAAACAAUGUUAAACAGUAUCGCUAAAUUCACGAGCAUAAAGGCCAAACUAGCUG